UUUAUGCCUUUCAAAAUGUUAAAUUUAAUGUUUUUAUGGCAGUUCAUUGCCAUUGUAAGUUGUGAUUAUUUAAAAGUGAAUACAUGUAGCGGUCCAAUUGUUGGCGUUCCGCAAAAGACAUUUGUCAAUAAAGUUCCUUAUAUUUCGUUCAAGGGCAUUCCCUAUGCCCAACCGCCGAUUGGAAAGCUAAGAUUUCGGGUGCCCCGUCCGGUGAGACAAUGGUCUGAACCUCUUGUGACAACAAAUGAGUAUCGGCAAUCCUGUCUUGUAAUUGCAUCCUCCUCUUUUCCUGGACUUAAAUCGAAUCAGAGCGAAGAUUGCCUUUACCUCAAUAUCAGUGCGGCUCAGGUUCAUUUACACCUUUUAUCUGAUUCGUGCAAAUAUAUAAAUCGUGCAAUUUUGAUGAGUGGCAGUGCAUUUAAUUACUGGUCAUAUUUUUCAAAUAAUAAUAACGCAGAACUGUUAAGAGCAGCGUUCAAAGAUGAAUUGGGCAAUCAAAACAGCGAUCAAGAUCUAUAUAAAGAAAAAGCUGUGCAACCAAUUCUUUUACAAAAACCACAUGAAAUCUAUGCAAAUGAUCAAUUCAGCACACAUUGUAGGAAUGUUGAAGUUGUGUUUAGUAUGACAAGUGCGGAAGCACUGUCAGUUCUUGAUCCAUAUCAUCCUUAUGCAUGGAUUGAUGCAUUGAAAACGAGUUCGUUCAUUAAAUUGCCAUAUCAUGGACUUACGUUGGCACAAGACACAACGGAGUACCAAGCAAUGCAAGCCAAAAUCAAGAAAUUCUACUUGGAUGAUGGAGAAAUUGAACAGACACCGGAACGUCUCAAUCAAUUCAUUCAAUUGUAUACAGACACCAAUUUUAUGGUUCCUUUCUAUGAGACAGUGGGAUUGCAUUCGCGAGUGGCAAACACAUACUGCUAUUAUUUUGACAUUAGCUUGAAUACAAACUUUGUUAAAUUAACUAGAAGUUUAACUGCCAUCGAAGGCAUGGGACAUCUCGAAGAUACUGCAUAUUUAUUCAAUUUGGUGAAACACGUUACUGCCUCUGCACAUUUUAAAAUGAUGAAGUUGGUGUUUGGUCAAAUAUUAUUCUGGCAAUUUAUUGCCAUUGCUUAUUGUGUGUCUAAAGUUGAUGAAGGUUUGAAAGUGGAAACAAUUAGUGGCCAAGUUGUUGGAGUUUCUCAAAAGACAUUUGUUAAACAGUUACCCUAUAUUUCGUACAAAGGCAUUCCCUAUGCUCAACCGCCUGUUGACAACUUAAGAUUUGGGGUACCAGUUCCAGUGAAACCGUGGAAAAAACCACUUGUCACCACCAAUGAAUAUCAAAGUUCAUGCCUUGUACUCGCUCAAUCUGGUUUUCUCGGAAUGAAAUCAAAUAAAAGCGAAGAUUGCCUUUAUCUCAAUGUAUAUACACCAGUAACUGACAAAUCCAAAACAAAGAAAAACUUGUCAGUGGUUGUAUUUAUCCAUGGUGGAGCAUGGCUUGAAGGUGAUGGAAGCGAUUUAUAUCAGGGUCCCGAUUUUUUGAUGGAACAAAAUGUGGUUUUUGUCACACUCAACUAUCGUUUGGGCCCAUUUGGUUUUGCCAAUUUCGAUACAAAAGGUUUUACGGGAAAUAUGGGACUCAAGGAUCAACGUCUAGCAUUGAAAUGGGUUAAAGAAAAUAUUGUAUUUUUCGGUGGUAAUCCAAAAUCAAUUACUGUCGUCGGACAAAGUGCCGGUGCAACGUCUGUGCAUAUGCAAGUUUUGUCAGAUGGAUGCGAAUAUAUGAAUCGUGCUGUGAUGUUGAGUGGCAGUGCAUUUAACUACUGGGCACAUUACAAAGAGAAUAAUCAUUUUGAAUUGUUGAAAGAAGCAUUCAAAUCGGAACUGGGCGGUAAAACCAGUCCCCAAGACAUAUUAAAAUUUAUGCGAAAUGCUCCAGCUGAUCUUAUUGUGGCGAAAUCACCAGCUAUGGAUGUAUCUCAGAGUACUCUUGUAUUCUAUUGGUCACCAGUCAUUGAAGAUAAGCAAAAGGCAGUUGAACCAAUUCUAACGCAACGACCACGUGAAAUUUAUGCACAAAACAAAUUCAGCGCCCAUUGUAAGCGUGUAGAUGUAGUAUUUGGCAUAACAAGUGCUGAAAAUUUGUCACUACUCAAUCCAUACAGUCGUUAUGCAUGGGUUCCAGCCUUGAAAACUAAUUCUCCAUACAUAGCACUACCAUAUCAUGGUCUAACUUUGGCUUCUGAUUCCUCUUUUUACCAAAAAAUUCGAGCCAACAUUAAGAAUUCAUACUUUGGUAAUAAAGAAAUUAAAGAGGAUUCUGACCGGUUAAAUCAAUUCGUUCAAAUGAGUUCGGACACUAAUUUCGUUGUUCCUUUUUAUGAAACAAUGAAUUUACACUCGAAAGUGUCAAAAACAUUCUGCUACUAUUUCGACAUUAAUUUGAAUACGAACUUUGUCAAAAUACCCAGACAAUUGACGGAUGUUGAAGGAAUGGGACAUCUCGAAGACACCGGAUACCUUUUCAAACUAAAUGAGCCCAUGUACGCUCCAUUAUAUGAUCAAACUUUGAAAAACCGUAACGAUGCGACAAACAAAAAAACGAUAAACGCAUGGAAUUUUGUAACCAAACUUUUUGCUGAUUUUGCUAAGACGGGUUCAUUCAAUAAAAUUGCUCCGGUUAAAUCGGUUCAAAAUGCUCAAUGUGUUCAUAUCACAAAUGAUGGCUUGCGCUCAAUUGCUCAACCAAAGAAAAACAUUGUAGAUUUCUGGAGUAAAAUCAAAGCAUCUCUAAAAUCAGAUAUUGUCAAUGAGUUUUAAAUGUAAAUCAAUAAAUAAAAUAUAAGCUGAACGCUGAAAAUUAUUGAGCUAAGAGCUGGAAUGUAAUUCUCUGAUAAGAGAGAGUAGAAAAGUGUCAAAGAUUUUAAAAUAAAACACAAUAUGUUUCAUGUAUAUUGCAACUUAUUGACUUUGCCAAUUUAAA